AUGAUGGAAGGUAAUCCUGCUAUUGCGCGGGGAUUUUUUAAGGGAAGUAAGGAGGAGGCCGCCAGAUUUUGGGAAAAGGUGAAUGUGCAGCUGAAUGCGGCAGGUCCCCCAAUUAAAACAAUUGUGGAAUGGAAAAAGGUAUGGGCAGACCAGAAGAAAUAUGUUCGCCAAAAAGUGGCAAAUAAUAUAAAAAUACAAAAAGGUACUGGGGGCGGCCCAAAUAUGGAGAAGGUACUUUCCCCCCUUGAAGAAGCAAGUUUCAAAUUGAUUGGCAUUAAGCAGUCCGUAAAGGGGCUGACGGUUAAGAAGUUUGGAAUUCAGGAGAACUUGGAUAUGUCCUGUGAAGAAAACUGCCCAGAAGUGGAGUCACUAAAUCUGACCCAAACUGGCACAUUGGAUGGAUUUAUGGACAUCAGCGGAGUAAGUCCUAUAAGUCCACCAGUUGUCUUUGUAGAUUCUUUGGCGUUUACGAAUGAAGACCCCUCUGUAGAUAAAAGCGAAGUGGCAUCAUCAAGUAAAAAAUCAUACUCUAGCUAA